AUGCAGAACCCUGGGCGCAUCGGAAUUGAGCUAUCACUCCGCUGUGUUCCAGAAAUCCUCGAAACCGUGAGUAUCGAUGGGUGCUACGGGGAACCGAUGUGCAAUGAGCUAGUGCGUCUUUGCUCUUCUUCUGGAAGCCAGCACUCUUUGAAGAAGCUCAACGUUUCACGCGACGAAUAUGGUCCAUUGUUAGAUGACCAGAUCAUUCUGGCAGUCAAAACCCAUUUCAAAGAUCUCACAUGCCUCAGUAUCCAAGGCAGUUCAUAUGGAAUUUGGUAUGAAGAGUGGACGACUAUAGUCUUUUCAGACUCGUUGAGCACAGUCUGUGAACUUCUCAACCAAACAUCGAUUCAAGAGCUCUGGCUCAGCAUACCAUGCAUAAACUUUGACCGAGCUACUGUCCUUGAGUAUUUGAAUGAGCCCGUUACGGAAACCGCGGAGUUCGAAAAUGCAACCGAAUCUGAUCUUGAGCGAGGAUAUCGCAAACUGAUUGUGGAUAUCGCUUCAGCAUGCCAUCACAUCCGCAAACUAGUUAUCGUUCAGCAGUCUACACCUCGAUAUUUUCCUGGUGGAAUCGGCUCUCCUAGCAACGUCAUGGGAUUUACUCUUGUUGGAACCAGGUCUCCUGACAAGGUCAUGGACGUCAAGUUGUAUUAG